UUGUGUUUACCUUGGUUGUUUUGGUUUUUCAAGUCGGCGAGAUGGUAACUCUUUUUCCUCCUACUCAACAACUACUGUCAUGAGAAAAAGUGUUUGCCUCUGUGGUUUUCAUUGCCAUUACAUCCAAACAAAGAAAUAAAACGGAAGAGUUCAAGGAGCUUAGAAGGCAGCACUCCUUGGAAGUGGACCGAGGACACCACCAGGUGCAGCGCACGCUUUGGAGCUAAGAAGUGGUGAUGGGGUGAGGCAAGCCAUCCAUCCUGCACACCAAUCCAGUUUCCCUUAGUGUGUGUGUGCGUGUGCCAAAGGAGCAGCGCUCAGAGCCACGAGGGAAAGGAGCGACAAUGGCUGCGACUGACUCCGUUCGUGUCAAGCAGGAACUCGUUGAUAGCAGCUUCUGUGCGCCAAUGGGAAAACGUGGAGAACCCGAUGAGUGGAUAACUAGUGACUGUCCAGAAGAAGAAGAAACAAUGGCAGCAAGGAGUGUUUCCAUCAGUAUCAAGGAAGAACCUCGGGACACCACAUUUAGCAUUCUACCAGGAAGCCAGGACAGCAACAACAGCUCAGACGGCAAGAUGUCUGCCACGAGUGCUCAGUCGUGUGACUCGCCCUCGGCGGUGCAGACGUCGCAGCGUAAGGUUCGAAAGUGUUUCCGUAUCAACGAAGAUGUGCGCCUGCUUCAGGAAGUCGUGUCGUCACGUCCGUUUGAGCGGCCAGACAAGUGGGACGUCGUUUUAAGGAACGUCGAACAUGCCGUAAAGCGCAAGUUGACGAUGAGGGGGAUCAAGGACCGCGUUGACCUCCUCAUCGGCUACUUUCGACAGCAGGACGGGGUGAACCUGAGGAAAUCUGGCACAGAAGAGCAGUACGCAGAAAGGAAGCAACUACUCGAAGAAGUGUCUGACCUGGCACGAGCGUUCAACUAUCUUCCGAGAACAUUGCCCAGAAAGGGCAGCAGCACGGCACCAACUAAGAGACCCCUUCCAUCUUCAACGCAGCUGCACUUGGAGCAGAAAGCAAGCGACGCUGCCACUGUUGAGUCAUUGCCAGCAGACUUGCGCUUCAACGAGCCGCCUGGACGGACGAGCGGUAAAUGUCGUAGUCAACUGCAGACCAACGCGUCCCAUCCGCUCCAUGGCGUGCAUGAACCGCAGCUGCAGAGGCCCGCAGCUCCGAGCUGCCAGCACAUCCCUGCUGAGCAGGAGGUGUCUGUAGAGGAAGAAGCGGGAGAGGACACCCAAGAGGACGACCUCUGCUCAAGAAAUCUUGUGCCGCCCCCCGUAAGACGGAGGUGUGUGCAGGCCAGUCCAAGAGCUCAUCGACGUCUGCAGACAGUGGGGUUGGAGCUGCUCACGAGACGCGAAAUGCACGAAUUCGAGAUAAGGAAGAGAGAGCUAGAUCUUGAAAGGAGGAGGAUAGAAUACGACGAGAAGCGUCUCGCCCUCGAAGAGAGAAAGCUGGAGUUAGAGGAACGGAAGCACCGCUUCGAAGUCUCCUGCCGCGCGGAAGACCGCCAGAGGAUCCUGGAGCAGAUGGAGAGGCUCUUUCAAGAGCAGCAGAGAAAAAUUGCGGACCUGUUGAAGGGAAAAGACACAACGUGACUAGGGUCCCUAGCUUUCCGCAAACCCGCAAAAUAGACAAUGUCUCUGACAACAGACAUUGACAAUAGACAAUGUCUAAGAGGCAGCAGGUUGCCUUCAGAGUUGUCCGUUUUUCGCAUAAUAUUCUGUAGCUGCGUUCUUUUCAACACAGAGGGUGCUGCCUUGUUUCACGUUUUCUACCGAGGGUACAACUGAAGUGGAAACGGUUGCCCGACCGGUGCGGCCAUUCCUUGACAUGAAAAGAAUGGUGAAUGCAGAACCUCACCCUGUUGCAUUUCAGUUUCUAGCACACUUUUUGUUGGAGAAAUGGAGCAAGUGGCACUUUGUAAAGAAUGCAAAGGUAGCAGGGGCGCCGGUUGCAUUCUGAGAAAAGAAUGCAAAGCUGCAGCUCUCUCGCACUGGGUGCAAAGGAGUGCAAGUGAAAAGGACGUAGCUUGUAUCUUACGGUGAAUUCCAGUUGUGGAUGUGGAUUCCAUUUGGAUUUGGAUUCCAAUUGGAUUUGGAUUCCAAUUUGGAUUUGGAGCAGAAUCCAUUGGAUUCUACUCCAAAUCCAUUGGAUUCUGCUCAUCCAUUGGCUCUGCUCAGAGCAGAAUCCAUUGGAUUCUGCUCCGUGGCAACGCCAGCUAGGUACAGAAGGCCUGCUUAUUGCCUCCUCUCCCUCCUUAUACGUGUCAAAUUACAGUAUGUAAGGAUUUGAACUGAUCCGCAACAUUUUUGUGCGUCAAACCCGAUCAGUCGUGGCUGCAACGCCUGACAAUGCUGGCACUUACACAACUGAAUGUGCCGUGACGACAGGAAAUUUAACAGCAGCAGUGCUUGGAGGGAGAUUGACAGAACUGGGUCUGGUUUUCUUUGAACACUGAAAAGUUACAAAAGGCUGGAAAACCGGAUAGGUUUGUGUGCGAUCUUCAGUGAAUGCUGCACUUUUUUUCCUCGUUGUCUCUUGCCCGCAGAUUUGUAAAGCCCACUUCGCGGAAGAGUAAAUUUUCCAAUGUGGAAAGCUAGGGGAUUUAAUUGGACCAUCCUCGCGUUUGUUUACCAAGAGCGAGGGAGGCUCCGCCUUCUGGAUGCGGUCCAAUAGGAGGACGCGGAGGGCAGGCACAUCCCAAGCCUCUGCUCUCGCCUAAGAGAUGGCGCAGCAUUACCAUUGUUUCAUGUGUCACGAGGCUUCUGCCGUGGCGCACCAAUCUAAUACCCCUGUCAGACGGGCACAUAUACAGCCUUAACGGUCAUGGCCGUAAAUGUAUACUGUCACUAACUUCCUGCCAGAAGGCCUUUGCGACAAAACUGAGGUAGAAGGGCAAUGGCGUUCCCAGAGAGACAGUCUACGGCAUUCCAUCGAGACUGCCUAAGCCUCGUUACCAAGCAUGCUGUAAACAGGAUUUAGCACAUUUAAUUCAAUUCGAAAUAAAACGCUUUUUACCCGACGUAAUAUUGUCAUCUUUUUUUUUUUUUUCGUGUUUUUCUGGCGUCUUUGCAUUUUGCUUUGCUUUUUAUCCCAUCUGUACAAGUGCUACGUUUGUAGUUACACCCUCGAACCACUGCACGCGGCAUUGCGCCGUGUCGUCUGCAUCCAAAAAGUCAGACGCCACUCAAAAAAAAUAUCCGAAGCACUUGAAAGCAAAUAUAGUUUGCUGUUGUAUUUUGAAAAUACCAACAAAAUGUUGUUUUCGUGUACUUUCAGUAAGAAAAAGUGUGAUUUCGCUACAUUACAUUCAACGUUCACAGACUCGUUUAUCGACGUGGACAUCAUCGACAAAAUGCCUUCACGGGUACCGUCUGGCAACACACCGGAGCUUAGGGCCGUAUGCAAGUUACGGCCGUUCCUUAAUGCCGUAACUUUAAGGGCCGUAUAUGUGCCCGUCAGACAGAUGUAUUACUAACGGAUUUGCAGUCUGUUAACCGGCGUAUGCUCGACUCCCGUUUGGCCUCGUUCCCAUGUUGACAGACUGCGAGGCCGUUGGCUAGAUUGGUGCGCCAUGGCAGGAGCCUCGUUGCAGGCGAAAUAACGGUAGCUACACUCUUGCCCAAGCGUCGUUCAGCCGCUGGUUAGAUAGGUGCGCCAUUGCUGAAGCCUCACGAUACGCUAAACAACAGUGAUG